ACUUUCAUUUCAAUUACCCAAACACAUAACCUAUACACACAUAUUCAUAAACACAACAACCGCUCUCCCAAUCUAGAGAGAGAAAGCAGUCCAGUUUCUAGAGAGAGAAAGCUUCAAAUCUCAUCAAUGGCGGCUUCGAAGACCUACUCGUCUCGCUCAAACUACCGCUUCCUCCCCACCGACUUACACUCCCCGAUCCAGUCCGACUCGCUCUACGAGCUCGACGAGGCCGACAUCUGGAACGCCGGCCGUCCUAAGUCGCCGGAGUUCCGCCGCUCGGCGAUCCGCAAAAACUCUGCUCCGAAAAAAUCGGAGUUCAUCGCCGCCGGCGCCGGAGCGACGGCGAGGUCGCUUCCGGUCAACGUGCCGGACUGGUCAAUGAUACUUAAAGAGGAAUAUAACCGCAGGACCGACGAAGUGGACGAUGAUUUCGAGGACGAAGACGAAGAAGAUCGCGUGCCGCCGCACGAGUAUCUCGCGAGGCAGUUUGCGCGAACUAGAGUUGCGUCAUUCUCGGUGCACGAAGGCAUAGGGAGGACGCUGAAAGGCAGGGAUUUGAGUAGGGUGAGGAAUGCAAUUUGGGAGAAAACUGGAUUUCAAGACUAAUUAUAUAACUUUAUUCUAUAGAUAUGUAUGGAUAAUUGGAUAUGGAUGAGAGUUUUAUAUGUAUGUGUUAUCAUGUAAUUGAUGAGACUCGGUUUAAUUGGGAGAGAAAAUGUGCUAUAGGAAGACAAAGAAAAUUUUAUAGUUUUGUUCAUCGGAUGGUAAUUUGAUUUUGGUAUGUUAUUGUUCUUCGUUGAACAAUUUUUAGGGAUGUAAUUUUAACUGUUCACCGGAAAUGUCAUUUUUCUGAAAUUUUUCUAA